AUAGAAACCCCAAACGCUCUGAUUUGCCCUGAGAAUGAGAAGCGAGGAGAAGAGAGCCGCAAUCAAAUCAAAUCAUCAAAGGCAAAACAAAGCAGUUGCUGACUUCUGAGUUUCUCACUACACUCACCGGACUUCAAUCUCGGCGACCUACACGCGCACACAGAUGCAUGGCACGGGAAGGAGAGAGAAAGAGGAAAGCGGGUAUAGAACUGGACUUCGAUAAAUUACUCGCUAGAGACGACGAGCCUCCUCCGGAGUUGCUGAUUCAGGAUGCGCCGGAGAAGUCGAUGCCACUGGAGGAAGCCGAGGAGGUGGAACCGGGCACCGACAAUCACUUCAGGAAUCUCUCCGACAAAGAGCUCAAAGAGAGGAUAGCGAGGAGCAUGAAUUUCCUAAAUGCGUCUAAAUUGUCCGACGGCGGCGUCAAAUUGAGAGAUCACAUAAAGAGGAUGGAAGCGGAAUUGGCGCGCAGAAGUCUUGAGAAGGAUAACCUCAAAUGCAACAAGUUGAUAGCAUUAGUCGAUGAGUCUACUGGUAAUGGUGCCAUGGAUGACUUAUCUCAUACACGAGCUCCACCAUCUGAACCUGCUUCAGAAUUUAGUAAGCAUUUCUGCAGCAAGUUAGACAAUGAAAGUGCAAACAGAUGUUUCGGAGCAGAAUUAUAUACUUUGAAUCAAUCUGAUCAGAAAAAUAUCCAAGAGCACAAGCCAUUUUUAGCUCAGAUAACACAGAAGAGAGGUUUAUCAUCAAGACAAACACCUUUUAAAUCUGCGAAUUUUCUUUCAGCAAACAUUGGUAACCUGCAGCAAACCAAUGGUGAGAAACGAGGAAGCCAUGCUUCUAAUUCUUCAUCUCAUCUGUCUGACAAAGAUGUUUCUUGUCGUUCAGCAAGAAAGAAAAGUAGUGUUCCUAGUCUGCGUCUACAUAACACCAGAAGGAGCGCGCAGAGAGAUUUUGUUCUAGUAGAUGAGGAGGACGAUGAACUUGAGGUCGAUGUAGUAGAUGAAACAGACCAAGUGGGUCAAAGCAGCAAAGAUGCCCGUAUAUACUACCCAUCAAGGGAUGAUCCUGAAGCCUUCGAAAUUUGUUACUUGGACAUGGAAUGUCUGACUCCUGAGUCUUAUUUGUCAUCACCAAUCAUGAACUUUUACAUUCGAUAUUUGCAGAAACCAACACUCCCAAGUGCCAGAAGAAAAGACAAUUAUCAUAUGUUUAAUACUUACUUCUAUGAGAAGUUGAAACAGGAUGUUCUGUCGAAGGCUGAUAGAGAAGAUCUAUUUUUGAAGUUCAGAAGGUGGUGGAAAGGUGUAAAUAUAUUCGAGAAAGCAUAUAUCUUCCUCCCAAUUCAUGAAAACUGUCAUUGGAGUUUGAUUAUUAUAUCCAUGCCAAAUAAAGAAGACGAAUCAGGGCCAAUUAUACUACAUUUGGAUUCUUUAGGACUUCAUUGUAGCAAGUCAAUUUUCAGUAAUGUUAAGAGCUUUCUAGUAGAAGAGUGGAAGUUUCUGAAAAAAGAAGAAGUGCUGCAACUGCCCUUUGCAGAGCAUAUCUGGAACAGGCUCUCUCGAAGAAUUGAUGACAGAGUUAUUGAGGUGCCACAGCAACAGAAUGUAUACGACUGUGGUCUUUUUGUUCUAUUCUUUAUAGAACGAUUCAUUGGCGAUGCGCCUGAACGUCUGAAAAAGCGGGACUUGGAUAUGGUACUUGUUUCCAUUUUACUAAUAUUUUCAGUUUUCUUUAUGUUUCUGGUUAUUUUUGGUUACCUCUGCGCAUUCUUAUCCAUUAUCAGUUCGGAAAGCAAUGGUUCAGACCUGAGGAAGCUUCAAGUCUGAGAAGGAGAAUUCGCAAUUUACUGAGGGAAGAGUUCAAGAAAGCAGACGAAAAGCCGUGUACAGUAGAUUGAAGGAUAAAGUGAAUAUUGAUACAUUCAACCAGACAGAUUUUGAAACGACUUUUGUACAGGAUUCUUACAGACAUGACGAGUUAGAAGUGAACUCUGACCUACAUUUUAGAACAAAUGGAGUUAGUAUGGAGGAUAUUUUGGUGUAUAUUGAUGGAAACUACUCCACAAUGUAAAGAUCGACAGCUAUCAAUCUUUAAAAUGGGAAGUUGAGUUUGCGUCGUGUUCUUACUA